GUCUCAUUGUAGACGACGCUUAAGAUACAUAAUAUUUGAAAGUCGCAAUGCGAGGGUGCGUUUUAAGAAAUAUGUUCUUCCGAAUUUUUUGCGAAUUUUUCGAGGAAAAUUGGCCGUGGCCCUAUGUUCUAUAAUCUAUUGUAUUUUUAUUUUUUACUGUUUUUUGCAUCAAAUUUUGAAUUAAGAUCCUCUCAAGUUUUCUGCACUUUCGAAAUCGAUAUCUCUAUACAAAACAAGUUCACUAACCCUCCGCUCGAUUUUUUUCCUCAGUAUUCCAUGGAGUUUGUUAUGUAUACUGGAUGUCCGUUAAAAUAAGAGGGGUAAAUGAAGGUGUGCAAAUGGGUGACGCAACCGGAUCGGACGUAUCAUCGGAGAUCGCCCAUCGAUGACAUUGAUCGCCAUUUAAGUAACAUCAUCCCUCAGGUGGCAUCACAGAGUUGAAUCGGACACAGAAGAGUGCGGACGUUUUUGAAAGUUUCUGACGAUUCUAGCAGCUUUUUGUAGCUCUACUAGUUACGAAUCAUUUGAAUUUGAAACGUUUUAUUCGUUUUAUAUUCAUUGAUUUUAUCGGCUGUAUCGAUCCUCGGUAUUAAAAAUCGGGACGUCUACAGUAAAAGAAGAAGAAGAUGCCAUCGAGGAUCGUCCAUUGAUUGUCCAUCGAGUUGCAUCAUCCCCAUCAUAUGCGGGGAAUACAGCGAUCGGCGUAUUUCCACAGGAGGAAAACGCUGAUAGAGGAGAUCUAUCCAGAAGACACGACGAUCGCACGUCACAAUCUCGAUCCGAGGAAGAGCACGACGAUCAUUGCGAGAACAGUCAACCAGUAACCUUUCUCGCUUCUUCGAGUAUACUAGCUCGACAGAGUUGUGCAUUGAUCACACACGUGUGAUGAAAUCACAAUGUUAGAUAAAUCAGGUGCUGCGCCAAAACACUACCUCUGCUACAUGUACAAAACUGAAGAAUUGAUCGUAUUAUAGGGCUACAAUGAAAAGAUAAUAGAUACAAUAUUAUAUUAUAAAAGAAUUAUAUAUAUAUAUAACAUAUACAUUUAUCCAAGUGUAUAUAGAAAGGAUAUAUUCUGAUGGAUAAGCGUUUACACACAGUAUUGAUAUGAAGUUCUGUAUCAGAAAAGACUCUUCCUUGCUACGAGGUUUCUUAAUCGAUUGACAUUAUUUGUUAUGGAAGCAUUUGGGGAAAGAAAACGAGAAAGUGAUAAUUUAUGCCUAUCAAUUUUCUGACGAAUGCGCACGUGUGAAGUAGAAGGGUAAUCGCAUAUAGAGGCAUACACGCAACAAAAACACACGCAUCGAAAGCUCAAGCAGAAUAGAUUUAAGUUAGAAAAGCGAGCACGAUGAGUAUACCGUACGAUGAGAGCUUAAUCUGGAUAGUAGUGGCCGGCUUUAUAGUGGCGUUCGUCCUGGCGUUCGGUAUCGGCGCCAAUGAUGUCGCCAAUAGCUUCGGGACGAGCGUCGGCGCCGGGGUGCUUACAAUAUUCCAAGCCUGCUUCCUGGCGACCGUCUUCGAGAUCGCCGGUGCCGCUCUGAUAGGAUACAAGGUCUCCGAUACAAUGCGAAAGGGUAUACUGGACGUCUCGUUGUAUGAGGGCCACGAGAAGGAGUUGAUGCUAGGAGCAUUAUCUAGUUUAGCCGGGUCUGGUAUCUGGCUACUACUGGCUACCGCAUUACGACUUCCAAUUUCUGGUACGCAUUCCAUUGUUGGUGCUACAGUUGGAUUUUCCCUCGUGUGCCGGAGUACCGCCGGGGUGAGAUGGAAGGCUCUUGCUCACAUAGUGGCGUCCUGGUUCGCCAGCCCCGUACUUAGCGGGAUCGUGUCCGCCAGUAUCUUUUGGCUUCUGAGAAAAUUCGUGCUCCGAUCUAGCGACCCGUUUAAACGAGGUCUUCGUAUUCUCCCCAUGGUAUACGGUCUGACCGUUGCUACAAAUAUUUUGUCAGUUGUGCUUGAUGGACCUAAACUUUUAAUGAUGGACAAGAUGCCGUGGUGGAUUAGCUUGAUAACCACGCUACUGAUGGGCAUAUUGGCCGCGACGAUCGCGUACGUGUACGUGGUGCCACGGCAGCGAGCGAAGAUACUGUUAGAAUCGAACGGCAACGACGAGAAGGCAGCGGGAACGACGGCGAUGCACUUUGACUCAUGUCAAGAGAACAACGAGACAACGGUGCUGUCGGUGAUCUCGGAGACUCCCUGCGGCAGCAGCAACGGCAACGCGAAGGUCGACCUGGCGCCGAAGUUGCGCGGUAACACCAGCGAGAGCCCGUUGCUGAUGACCGCCCAGGCGGAAGCGGAGAACGCGCAGAUGGACGGGAUAGCUGACGACGACGAGCAGCCGGCGGUAUCGAAGCUGUUCUCUUUUCUACAAGUGCUCACCGCGUUGUUUGGCAGCUUCGCACACGGCGGCAAUGACGUCAGCAACGCAAUCGGGCCGCUGAUCGCGCUCUGGGCGAUAUACUCGGAGGGCUCGGCCCGGCAGGAGGCAGAAACACCCAUAUUCAUACUGCUGUACGGUGGCCUAGGUAUCUCUGUGGGAUUGUGGGUGUGGGGACGCAGGGUAAUACAGACUCUGGGCCAAGAUUUGGCGCGCAUCACUCCCACGACCGGGUUCACCAUAGAGGUGGGCUCCGCGAUGACGGUCCUGUUGGCGAGUAAAGUUGGUCUACCUAUAUCAACGACGCACUGUAAAGUGGGAUCGGUGGUGUGCGUGGGAUGGGCCUCGCGCGGCGGCAAGGGGGUGUCCUGGAAGCUAUUUCGUAAUAUCACGUUCGCAUGGCUGAUCACCGUACCGGUGGCCGCCGGUCUAUCCGCCGGUUGCAUGGCUAUUUUCCGCGAGAUAAUUAGUUUGUGAUCCUUUGCAGUUGUGAACGACUCAGGCGCUUUAGACGCAAAAAACCAUCCAGAUGCUGUUGUCAAUAAGUUGCAAAUAAAAAACAAAUAAAUGGUCAAACUUUCGUCCGCUU